CUUCCGGUUGCUCACAUGUACACAGCAGCACCACACAGUACGUGAUGGAGUCUUCAAAAAAGAAAGACGCCACAAACAGCGGCCCCCAGGACGGAAAUGCAGACACGAACGACGAGAAAAAACCUGAGCUAUGCCCCGGUUUUCCAGACGUGGACGCCUUCGUGAAAUAUGGAUUGGGUGGUGUAUUAUCGGCCACUAAAGCAUCCGCCGGUUUGCCUCAAGUUGGGGAUGAUUAUGACUUCUAUCGCAGCUUUCCAGGAUUCCGAGAGUUCUGUGAAAGUCAAGGAGAUAAGCUCUUGCACUGCAUGAGUCAAAUAAUGCAGCACCAUGGCUGUAGAUCUCGCGUGAGGAACCAGAGCAAGCUGACCGGGCUGGAGGAGAGAUUUGACUUGAUUGUGGACUCCAAUGAUGCCAUCCUUGAAAGAGCGGGGAUUCUCCUUGAUGAAGCUGAUGGGGUGAACAGAAGCCAACAGCCUGUCAUGCCUGCAGGCUUUCAGCCUCCCAAGAUUGUCGUUUCCAGCUGGAAUCGCAAGGGUUCAGGUUCGGGCAGUCGUUCAGAGACAUUCAGACUGCUCCAUGCCAAGAACAUUGCAAGGCCUCAGUUUAAAUUCAAGGAAAAAGUUGACAACAGCAACACGCCUUUUAUUCCGAAGAUCUUCAUCAAGCCUAAUGCAGUAAAGCCACUUCCUUCUUAUUUUACUGACAAACAAAUCCGUAAAGAGAGACCUGAGGAUCUUGAUGUCCCGGCUGCCCUUGCUGACUUCAUUCAUCAGCAAAGAACUCAGCAACAUGUUGAAGACAUGUUUGCUCACCCAUACCAGUAUGAAUUGGAUCAUCUUACCAUACCAGAAAGCCUUCUGUCUAAGCCAGAACCACAGAUGUACAAAGUAAUGGCUGAGACCAAUCUAUCCUUCAUCGAUACCCUGGAGGAUCUGGUGGCUCUGAAUGAAAGACUGUGCACCAUGUCUGAAUUUGCAGUUGACCUUGAGCAUCAUUCCUACAGGAGUUUUCUCGGCCUCACCUGCCUGAUGCAGAUUUCCACCAGGGAGGAGGAUUUUAUCAUAGACACCUUGGAACUCCGCAGCGAGAUGUACAUCCUGAAUGAAGUGUUCAGUGACCCGUCUAUUGUCAAGGUGUUUCAUGGAGCUGACUCUGACAUUGAGUGGCUCCAGAGAGACUUGGGCUUGUAUGUCGUCAACAUGUUUGACACACAUCAGGCCAGCCGAGCUUUGAACCUGGCUAGACAUUCUCUCGACCACCUGCUCAAACACUUCUGCAACGUGGAGUCAGACAAACGCUUUCAGCUGGCCGACUGGAGAAUUCGCCCUUUGCCAGAGGAGAUGGUCCAGUACGCCCGGACAGACACGCAUUAUCUCCUCUACAUCUACGACUCUGUGAGGUCACAGCUCCUCACUGUAAACCAUGGACAGCCUGGCCUGCUGCAGAGUGUCUGGAACAAGAGCAAAGACAUUUCACUGAAGAGAUAUGUGAAGCCUAUAUUUACAGAGGAGUCGUAUUUGGAGCUGCAGAGGAAGCAGAAAAGGUCUUUCAACACCCAGCAGCUUACAGCCUUCAGACUGCUCUUUGCCUGGAGAGACAAGUUGGCCAGGCAGGAAGAUGAAAGCACUGGAUAUGUUCUGCCCACUCAUAUGAUGAGCAAAAUAUCAGAAGAACUUCCCAAAGAGCCUCAAGGCAUCAUUGCCUGCUGUAACCCUGUACCCCCACUGUUGAGGCAACAGAUCCAUGAGCUCCAUUUGUUAGUGCAACAAGCAAGAGAAAUGCCUCUCCUUAAGGCUGAGAUUGCAGCUCAAAAGACGAAGGGACUCACACCCAUAAAAAAGCCAGAGGUCACGUUGUUUGGUCCACAUGAUACCUCCAGGGUCUCUGAAAGUGAUCUCCCCCACUUUCCCCCUGAUGAACUGCCUGCUAAACAGGGAAUGCUCUUCUCAGAAGAUGAAGACAAAAUGGAUGUUGAUGUUGGUGUUAAGGAAACAAAUGGUCUUGUGGCACAUGCUAAAAUCGCACUGUUUGAGGAGAUGGAAACAAAGAACGACCAAGAGUCCCUUCCUGUUGCUCAAAUGAAAGCCAGACGUAUCAUUGAGUCAUUUCAAAACCCCUUCAGAAUGUAUUUACCCAUCACUGAUGUGCACGUCAACAAGAAUGCCAAGUUUGACCCAUCUUCAAAAAUAUUUGAGAUUAGUAAAAGAUGGAAACUGCAGAAUAUUGCAGAACAGCAGGAGGAGCUGGAAGCCAAGAGGAAAGCCAAGGCAGAGGCGAAAGAACAGGCAAAGAAAGUGGCAGCGGAAAGAAACAAGGUGAAAAAGAGCUACCAGGAGAAUCUCAAAAACGUUGCCACUGUUCGCCAGCAAGCAGCGGAAUCAGCAAAAGGUGGCGGACAGAAAAGAGAGCGGGUUCCCAGUGAGGUUGGAGAGUCGACUCCCAAACCGAGUAAGAAGUUGAUGAAAUCCGCUGCGAAGGCCCAGAACACCGAACCCCCUACCCAAGACGAGUUCACACCCUUUGACUAUAGUCAGUCAGACCUCAAAGUUUUUGCUGAUGCCAAAUCCAAGGGUAACACACAGUUUGACCCAUACCGACAAGGCCACGAUAUAAGGAAAAAGAAAACUCCCAAAGGACAGAAAUCGAACUCUGGCGCUGGAAACCGAAGUAUGUCGUACCUCUCUGGAAAAUCUGACAGAGGAUUCCGGCAUAACUGGCCCAAAAGAUAAGACCAUCUUUCAUGCUAUUUUGUCGUGUUUUAUAACAUUUUUUGUUCUAAAACAUUUAUCGACUUGUUUGCUUUCUUUCAAAUUCAAUUCAGUAUUUCUGUAAUUUAAUGUUUUUUUUUCCAUCUUUGUAACAGUGUAUCCUGUAAAUAUGUGGAAACACAAACCUGCAUUAAAGAUGAUUUUAGAGGGAAA